AAAUUUUUUUUUUUAAAAAUAAAAUAUUUUCUGUAAUUUCUGUUUGGGAUAAAGUUGGAUAUGUUAUACUGUUUUAUUUUUUUUUCUUUGAAAUUAUAUUUCUAUCAAAAAUACAGUGUAUGAUUUCUUCCAAUACAUAACUGACUACAAUUUUACCAUUACAUUACUAGAUGUUGGUUAGUAGAUGUUGACUUUAAGAAUUAUUUGAAAAUAAUGGAUUUUUAUUUUCGUAUAUAUUUAUAAUGCGAAAUGAAUUUACAAACGGUUUUUCAAGAUUUUAAUUCGAGUAAAUUUGUUGUGCAUACCUGCCUAUUAACUUUUACUAUUAUAUUUGCAUUAAAAUUGGACAACUAUAUUACAUGGUCAUAUUGGACAGUUUUUUCUCCAAUAUGGGUUUGGAAAACGUUGGUAAUUGUUGGGGCUAUGAUAGGAAGUUAUGUGUGGUGGAGAUACCCACAUUUCAGAUUGGAAGGUGAAGCUUAUAUUCAUUAUAAAUCUAUGUUAAUAUCAUUAGCAUUACACUUAAUAUUGUUAAUGUUCGAGUUAUUGGUUUGUGAUAAAUUAGAAUCUUCGAGACAUUUAUGGAUAUUAGUUUUUAUUCCACUAAUUUUUAUCAGUAUUGUUAGUAUAGCAGUUUGUAUAUGGGCAGUUAAACACGACAGAAGUUUUGAGUUGGAACUUUUCUGUGCUGUUAAUAUAUUACAGUUUAUAUUCUUAGCCUUAAGACUUGAUGGAUUCAUUGGAUGGUCGUGGGAGGUUGUUUUUGUGCCAUUAUGGAUUGUAAUGUGUUUAUCAUUGGUAGGUGUCUUAUACACUAUAAUAUUUGCUGCUAUACUUUUACGCACUCCAGAAGUUAAUGCACAGCAAAAAAGGAGCAGUCUUCACUCUGCCUUAGGGUAUACCUUUUUAGUAAUUCCCAUUUUGAUAUUUCAGGUUUUAUUAGCUAACAAAUUAGAUGAAGAUAUUCAAAUUACUUUUACAGCUGUUGUUAGUCCACUUUUUAUAUCAUUCUUUACUUUAAUUUUAAUGUCAUUUAGUGCCAAAGGGGCAAACAAGUGGUGGUUUGGCAUAAGGAAAGAUUUUUGCCCAUUCAUCUUAGGUGCAUGCCCAUUGCUACAAGAAUAUGGUAAUAUUGCUUAUCAUACUGAACCUCAUCAGAACGGAGUUGAACUUGAACAACAAAAUGAUAAGCAAAACACACAUACCAAGAAAGCAGAUAGUAUGAAGCCAGUAUUACCUAUUGUAAGUAUAGAGAUGCCAGACUGAAAUUUUCAAAAUCGGAAUGAAAUGUUCCAUAAAUGGUAUGAAACUAUUGAAAAUGUGUUCAGAAAUAAGAGCAAUUUUGUUAAGAGUAUAUAUAUAUAUAUAUAUUGUAUAAUUUAUGUAUCUGUAUUUUUUCUUUUAUCUGCAUGAUUUGGAUGCAAAAGGUCAAUAGAAUAUCCAAUCAUAUUUAUAUUACGAUAUUUCUUUGUAAUUACUUUCUGUGCUGCCAAAUUGGGGAACAUUUACCUUGUUUUCAUUUACUUUUUUUUCAAUACUAUUUUUUUUUUUAAUUCAAUUUGAAAAAAAAAAUAUUUUUAUAUUACAUCUGGAAUAUUACUUUAAUUUUUGAACGAUAAUUAUUAUUUAUUGUAAAAUGUGAUUAAAUUUUUUGUGAUUUAAAUGCACAAGUUAUGACAUAAAAGUAUUACAUUUUUUUUAAAUCUUAGGAAUAAUGUUUGAACCAAAUCAAAACAACUGUGGCCCAAAAUUAUU